GGGAGACGUGGGCGGGUACCUGCUCCUCUCCAAAGCUCUGCAUCCCGAUGAUUUGUGCCUGCAGAAGGCGAAGUGACUUCCAGGAGGAGAUAGUUCCUCUCUCGGCUCCACGGAUCACCUGUGCCGCGCGGCUCAGGAGAGCAAUUCAUAUCAAGGAAGCCUCAGUUUCCAUCUCACUCCGAUGUGCAAGCUGCAGGUAUAGGAUUUAUGACGAGAGGACAUAAAUACUGAAGGAACAUCCCCCUGCCCGUAAAUUGACGUCUGGACCUUAUGAGAUGCGCCGCGCAUGGAUCUACACUGAAGUUAUUGGAUUUUCACUGGAUGCAGGUGGGAGAUUAAUCUAACAGAUGCGCCACAUCCUCAACAGACUAUGAUUUUUUUUGGGAAUAUCUGACAUGGCAAGGAUACUAUCCAUCCUCGCGAAAAUCAUGCUUUUCAAACUGCUGGCAUUAAUUAUUUUACAAGGUGUGUUGACGUGCGAUGCCCUGGUGAAACCGGAGGGCAUCAGCUCCGGAGGUGUCCCGCACUCCCGCACGGUGUCCGGCGGCUCCGGGACAUCCGAGGCUGCGGAGCCCAAGUCCAGAGCCAAGCGCUGCACCUGCUACUCCUACAAGGAUAAAGAGUGCGUGUACUACUGCCACCUGGAUAUCAUCUGGAUCAACACCCCCGAACGCACCGUACCCUAUGGAAUGUCGAGCUACCAAGGCCCUCAGAGAAUCAGACGGGCAGUUGUUGGACGACCAACAGAACGUCAGGGGGCAAAGACUCAGCGUUGCAUCUGUGUGCUGGACGCAGACCCCAAGUGCCAGGAUUUCUGUCUGUCAAGCCCACUGCAGACAGUGCCAGCCAGGAGUCAGGACAGACUUGCCGGCCCUGGAUGACAGUUUGAAGCCUCUCUGACCUCUUCUCUUCAUCUCGGGGGCCACGGACCCUUUACUCCUAUUCGGCCCCUUCACUCACGGCUUGGCUCUCGCGCUGCCACAGGCACACUCAAGUCAAGCAAAGAACUUUGGAGCAAGUUUCAUCAGGCUGAGCGGUUUCAAGAACUCUUCAGCAAAUUCAGUAGAGAUCCCUGGAGGCUAUCCAUGUUGCGUUCCCUCCUAAGCACCGCAUGAGGAUCAUAAUGCAACUUAAUGGAACAUAACACAAUAACCAACAAUCUCCCUCCUGUCAAGUUUGAUUAGACAAAUCCUUCGUAUUCAUGCCUGGUAACUGAGGGCUGUGGACCUCACUCGACUCUUGAAACAUGUAUCAACCUAUUUGAGACAAUUACUACUUCUGUAAAAACACUGAGAAGCUAAAACAUUCAAAGGAAAGUAAAUCCAAAGCUUGGUUUUCUUGGUCCUUUAAAAUUCCAAAACAUUCAGAAGGUUUUUGUCCACCUGUGUUCUGCAACAUACUAUUGAGCUCUGGUUUAUAUAGCUACUUAUAGCCAACCUCUAAAUAACCAUAAUAAUUAAUUAUUCCUUAAAACUGCAUAGCUUUGGGAAUGGGAUCUAAAAAAAAAAAAGUUGCCAGUUUUGGUUGGAUCACCACUGAAGUACUGUAAAUUUGACAUUUUUCACAGUUUAUCAUCACAUUUGGAGUUCGUAGAUAUUCUGCUAGACUCCGUAAAAACAGGGUUUAUUAAAACGGUGUUGUUCUUUU